AUUCCAGUGGAGUAGUCGCUGCCAGCCAGCCAGGGACCUGGCACCUUGGUGGAAACUGAGCCUGGAGGGAAGCCAAAGGUUUGGCAUGGAGAGACAGACACCUAGGGGACCACCCGGCCAUCCUCACCAGAAGGCUGGGCAUCCUUCUCUUCCCACCCUCUUUCUGCUCUGGGCCCAGCCUAGGGACAAAACUGAAGCCCAAGAUUCAGUGGCCCUGGGAGCCUGAUUUUGCCCACACAUCUGCAAAGCACCUUGCCUGACAGUUCCAGGCCUGGCCGAGUCCCUGAGGACUUCAAGUCAGCUCCGGGGGCAGGAGGAGGCCUCUGCCUGCUGGCGGCUCACCGUGAAGGUCCUGGAGGCGCGGGGCCUGGGCUGGGCUGACCUGUUAAGCGAGGCAGAUCCCUAUGUGAUCCUGCAGCUGCCAACCGCAUCUGGAAUGAAGUUUAAGACCAAAACACUCACCAACUCCAAUCAUCCUAUAUGGAACGAGACCUUCACUUUUCUGAUCCAAAAUCAGGUCAAGAAUGUUCUAGAGCUAAGCAUCUACGAUGAGGACCCAGUCAAGCAGGACGACGCCUGCUUCAAGAUUCUCUUCGAUGUCUCUGAAGUCGUCCCUGGCAGGCUGCUCCGGAAGACUUUCUCCCUGCGUCCCCAGGGACCAGAGGAGCUGGACGUGGAGUUCCUGAUGGAGAAAACGUCAGACUGCCCAGAAAACCUGAUCACCAACAACGUGCUUGUGGCCCGAGAGCUGUCACGCCUGGAUGUCCAACUAGACAGCACGGGGAGCACAGCUGUGGCUGCAGAUCAGGAUGAGCUGGAGCUGGAGCUGGUGCUGAAGGGCUCAUAUGAGGACACACAGACACGUGCCCUGGGCACAGCCUCUGCCUUCCGCUUCCACUAUGUGGCGGCCCAAGAGGCAGAGCUGAGUGGGUGCCUGAGGAGCUCUAAUAGCAGUGGCUGGAACUCGGGCAACUUAGCUGAGCCCCUCACUGUGCCCCUGAGGUCCUUGGCCAUGGGGAAGGAGGUGACCGUUGACAUUCCUGCUGCAAAUGCCCCAGGAGUGAAGCUGCAGCUCAAGGCUGAGAGCUGUCCUAAGGAGCUGGCUGUGCAUCUGGGCUUCGAUUUGUGUGAAGAGGAGAAAGCCUUCCUGAGCAGGAGGAAGCAGGUGGUGGCCAAGGCCCUGAAGCAGGCCCUGCAGCUGGACAGAGACCUACAGGAAGAUGAGGUCCCCGUCGUGGGCAUCAUGGCCACAGGAGGAGGUGCCCGGGCCAUGACCUCUCUCUAUGGCCACCUAUUGGCCCUGCAGAAGCUGGGCCUUCUGGACUGUGUGACUUACUUCAGUGGCAUCUCGGGCUCUACGUGGACAAUGGCCCAUCUGUAUGGGGACCCUGAGUGGUCGCAGAGGGACCUCAAGGGAGCCAUCAGACACGCCCGGGAGCACAUGGUCAAGAGCAAGCUGGAGGCCUUCUCUCCUGAGCGCCUGGCAAGCUACCAUCAGGAGCUGGAGCAGCGGGCUGAGCAAGGACACCCCACGACUUUUGUGGACCUGUGGGGUCUGGUGCUGGAGUUCAUGCUGCACGGUCAGGUGAUGGAUCAGAAGCUAUCAGGACAGAGAGCUGCGCUGGAGCGGGGCCAGAACCCUCUGCCCCUCUACUUGAGCCUCAAUGUCAAAGAGAACAGUCUGCAGACCCUGGACUUCAAGGAGUGGGUCGAGUUCUCCCCCUAUGAGACCGGGUUCCUGAAGUAUGGAGCCUUUGUGCCUUCUGAGCUCUUCGGCUCUGAGUUCUUCAUGGGGCAGCUGAUGAAGAGGGUCCCUGAGUCCCGGAUCUGCUUUCUAGAAGGUAUCUGGAGCAACAUUUUCUCCCUGAACUUACUGGACGCCUGGUAUGACCUCACCAGCUCCAGUGAUGCCUGGAAGCAGCACAUCAAGGACAAGAUCAGGAACCUGGAGGAGCCUCCUGCCUCCUCGGGGACUUCCUCAUGGCCCGAGGCCUUGUGGCUGCAGCCUGGAACAGCUCUGGCCCAGACAUUUAAGGGUUUCCUAACAAGCAGACCACUCUACCAGCGCAGCUCCAACUUCCUCCGGGGUCUCCAGCUGCACCAGGACUACUGUGCCCAGAAAGACUUCUCCACCUGGGCAGACUGCCAGGUAGACUCCUCCCCCGGCCAGCUGACCCCACAGGAGCCCCAGCUCUGCCUGGUAGAUGCCGGCUACUUCCUCAACACCAGCUGUCCCUCCAUGUUCCGGCCAGGCCGCAGGCUGGACCUCAUACUCUCCUUCGACUACUCUCUGUCCUCGCCCUUUGAGGUGCUGCAGCAGACAGAGCUGGACUGCCGGGCCCGGGGGCUGCCGUUUCCCUGCCUGGAGCCCGUCCCUCAGGACCAACACCAGCCCCGGGAGUGCCAUCUCUUCUCGGACCCCACCCGCCCUGACGCCCCUGUCCUGCUGCACUUCCCUCUGGUCAACGCCUCCUUCAAGGACCACUCAGCCCCUGGUGUCCAGCGCAGCCCCGAAGAGCUCCCAGCCGGCCAGGUGGAUCUCAGCAGGGUCACCUCCCCCUAUUCCAUGUUCAACAUGACCUAUAAGGAGGAAGACUUCGACCGCCUGCUACAGCUCAGUGACUACAACAUCCGGAACAGCCGGGGCACCAUCCUGCAGGCUUUGAGGACCGCUCUGAAGCACCGGGCCCCGGGAGCCAGGCCUCCAGGGCCACAGACUUAAGACUUCUUGGGGGCCCCAGGAUUUGAGGGCCACACUCUGACCCCUCCAGGGGCUGAGGGCUUAACCACCUGCGGUGGGCACAGCCACAACCCUCAGGGGGCUGGAGUUCCCAGGUUCUCCCAGGCUCAGGCCACCUCUACGGCUGGUCUCACCACCCAGAGGGGGCUGUGUCCCACCCAGAUUUCUCCGUCACCUUCAUAGCUGCUUUGAGAGGAGCUGAAAACAAACUCCUCACCAGGUCAGCAUGUAGAACAGCUGGUUCAACCAAACAUUCACAUGUAGUCCUUUCCACGCCUGAACAGAAUGGAUUUGAGGUGCAAGCUGGAGGUGCCAGACCAGGAGUAGGGACAGGCGGGGCAGGGGAUGGCCUGAAAGGUGGCUCCAGGUAUCAGGAAUCACAGUAUGUCCUGACAGGCCCCUCUUACUGCCUCUGCUCCUGCUUUUCCUCUGCCGCCUCCUCUUCUUAUGCUAUUUUAAAGCAACUUUAGUGAGAUAUAACCCACAAGCCAUAUAGUUUAUCCAUCUAAAGUGUGCAAUUCAGUGGCUUUUAGUAUACAUUCAGAGCUGUGAAACCAUCACCACAAUCAAUUUGAGAACAUUUUCAUUAACCGAAAAGAAACCCCUCCCCCCUUAAUUGUCAACCUCAAACCAUCUCCACCCCAGCCCUAGGCAACCACUAAUCUUCUUUCUGUUUCUUUAGAUUUACUUAUUUUAGACAUUUCAUAUAAAUGGAAUCGUACAAUAUGUGGCCUUUUGUGUCUUCCUUCACUUAGCAUAACACUUUCGAGAUUCAUCCAUGGUAUAACAGGUAUCAGUACUACAUCCCUUUUAUAGCUGCAUAAUACUCCCUUGUGUAGAUAUAUCGCAAUUUAUCUAUUCAUGGGUUGAUGGACAUUUGGAUUGUUUCUGCUUUUUUGGUUAUUAUGAAUAAUGCUGCUAUGAACAUCCAUGUACAGCUUUUUGUGUGGGCAGUGUUUUAAUUCUCUUGCAUAUAUAUCUAGGAGUGAAAUUGCUGGGUCAUAUGGUAAUUCUUCACUUAAUCUUUUGAGGAACUACCAGACUGUUUUCCAAAGUAGCUGCACCAUUUUACAUUCCUGGCAGCAUUGUAUGAGGGUUCCACUUUCUCCAAGUCUUUGCCAACUCUUGUUAUUGUCUGUCUUUUUUAUUAUAAUGAUCCUAGUGGGUGUGAAGUGGUUUCUUAUAUGCGUUUCCAUAAUGUCAAUGUUAAGAAUAUUUUCGCACAUUUAUUGGCCUUUUGUAUAUCUUCUUUAGAGAAAUAUCUAUUCGGAUCUUUUCCCCAUUUUAAUUGGAUUAUUUGUCUUUUUGUUGAAUUAAAAAAGUUCUUUAUGUGUUCUCUGAUUUGAUGUAUGAUUUGCAAGGUUUUUUUCCUAGUCUGUGGGUUGGCUUUUCGAUUUCUUUAUGAUAUCCUCUGAAGCAUGGAAGUUUUUGAUUUUGGUAAUUCCCAGUUUAUGUAUAUUUUGCUGCUUGUGCUUUUGGUGUUAUAUUUAAGCCAUUGCCUAAUCCAAGAUCAUGAAGAUUUACACCUAUGCUUUCUUCUAGUGGUUUUAUACUUUUACCUCUUACAUUUAGGUUUUUGAUCUGUUUUGAGUUUUACAUUUGUAUAUCUGUGAAGUAGAGGUUCAACUUCAUUCUUUUGCAUGUGAAUAUCCCAUUCUUCCAGCCAUUUGUUGAAAAGGCUGUUCUUUUCCCAUUGAAUUGUCUUGACAACCUCACUGAAGAUCCGUUAGCUGUAAAUGUGAGUAUUUAUUUCUGGACUCUGAUUCUACUUCAUUGAUUUAUUUGUCUAUCCUUAUGCUGAUAUCACACUGUCUUGAUUACAGUAGCUUUGUAGUAUGUUUUGAAAUCAGUAAGUGUGAGUCCUCCAACUUUGUUCUUCCUUUUCAAGAUUGUAUUGGCUAUUCAGGGUCCCUUGAAUUUCCAUAUGAAUACUAGGAUUAGCUUGUCAAUUUGUGCAAAGAAGAUAGCUGGAAUUUUAAUGGAGAUUGAAUUGAAUCUGUAGAUGAAUUUGGGGGGUAUUGCCACCUUAACAAUUUUAAGUUUCCCAAUUCAUGAACACGUGAUGUCUUUACAUUUAUUUAGGUCUUCUUUAAUUUCUUCCUACAAUGUUUUAUAGUUUUCAAUGAGCAAGUCUUACACUUGUUUAUUCCUAAGUAUUUUGUUCUCUUUAAUGCUAUUAUCAAUUGAGUUCUUUUCUUAAUUUUAUUUUUGAAUUGCUCAUGUCUAUUAUAAAGAAAUAAAAUUAAUGUUUGUAUAUUGAUCUUGCAUUCUAUAAUCUUGCUGAACUUGCUUAAUAGCUCUAAUAGUUUUCUCUUUUUUUUUGACUCCUUAAGAUUCUCUACUUAUAAGAUCAUGUCACUUGCAAAUAGAGAUUGUUUACUUCUUUAUUUCUGCUCCGAAUGCCAUUUAUUUCUUUUUCUUUUCCUGACUAGAACAGUAUAAUAUUGAAUAGAAGUGGCAAGAGCAGACGUCCUUGUCUUGUACAUAAUACUGGAAGCAAAGCAUUUUUUCUUAGAUACCCUUUAGUAGGUUGAGGAAAUUCCAUUCCAUUCCUAGUUCCUUUAGUGUUUUUUAUCAUGAAAGGUGUUGAAUUUUGUCAAAUGCUUUUUCUGUGUCUAUUGAGACAAUUAUGUGAUUUUUUUCCACUUUAUUCUUUAAUGUGCUAUAUGGCAGUAGUGGAUUUUUUGGAUGUUAAGCCAACCUUGCAUUACUGGGAUAAAUCCCACUUGGUCAUGAUAUAUAAUCCAGUUAUGUAUUGCUGUUACAUUCACUUAUAAUCUCCUACACUCAAAGGGGGACACACACACACACACAAUUCUGGCUGCCCUGGCCCCAGGUAGGUGUCACGGUGACAGAUCAUGGCCCUCAUUUGAUGACCUCUCCUCUGCCUCUCAUGUAUUUGGCUUUAUUUUGACUCUACAGUUUUUCCAUUUCAUAACAAACUCUUAUUUUUCAGUGAUGUUGAUAGUGGUAUACUGGCUUCAAUAGGAAAAAACACUCUGAUUUCUCCUUUACUUCUCACACAGAAUACCUCUGACAUUUCUAGUCACCAAAUGAGUGGGGCUUUCUUCCACAUCAAGCCAUUCUCUGCAACACCAUCUGGGAGUCUUACAAUUCACCUCAAUUCUGACACCAUCUACCUGGAUUUAGCAUCAGAUCCCACAGGUUAAGGGAUCAGCCCCAUGAGACUACCUCUCUUUCACGUGUCAAUUGCAAGUCCCAGGUUGUUAUCUAUAUUUCUGACUAAUCAGCUAUAAGUCAGGGUUCCCAUGAUCCCUUUCUUGGAUUCAAUAAUUAACCAGAAUUGCUCACAGGAUAGAAGGAAACACAUUUACCAGUUUAUUGGAUACAGAUGAACAGCCUGAAGAAGUACAUAGGGUGAGGUCUUGUCCCCAAGUGCAAGAGAUUCUGUCUCUGUGGAACUGGGCGGUGGGGGUCAGGGGUGUGUGUGUGUGUGCAAGGUCCCACGUUGCAAGGGAAAGAUGACACUUUUACAGAGAGGAAAAGGAAGCUGGGAGGGCUCUAGUUAACAGAGUCCAUGGCUUUUCAUUGUCUAAGUCCUUGCCAAGAAAGAAGAGUCUUUCUUCUUCCUACUGGGUUCUGCUAUUGUUAUAGAGCAUGAGAGCUCCCCCCCGGCCUCCUGACUCUAUCUGAGGGUUCUGUUUAUUAAUUUUUUACACUGUAAAUCACCUCACACAAGCCCAAAUCCUACAAUAACCCCCUCCCACCUCCCACUUACUGAGACACUCCAUGGUUCCCCACAGUAUACAGUCUCCUUGCAACAAGGACCAAUAAACUCAAAUUUGUUCAACUACAGUGAUGUUCCAGGGAGUCUUUGGCUGGUGGGCAUUAGCAAAAGUUAAGCAACUUGCUAAGAUAACUAAACUCAGAAGUGGCAAAGCCAGAGCUGGAACUGGAGGCUUUAAAAUCAAUGCCAGGCUUCUAACAGCCAUGCCACCAUGCAUCUUUGGGCACUUUGGAGCUUGCCCUACUCUAUUGGGAAGAAUUAACUUGACCUAAAGAGGGGUCUGGCCCCUGGAAUGGUCUGCCUGAUGGGACAGUCUUUGUUUGCCUGGAGGCUUUGGCUGCUGGACAGCCUGACAGUGUGAUUUUUGAUGAGGCCUCUGGAACAGGCUGUUAUCAGUUCCAACCUCCAGAGGAACUGGGACUAGAGCUAUUAGCCUGACCUCCUGGAGGGCUUGGAGACUAAAGGUCAGCCAUGUGGGCAGUAAGUGGUAGAGUCCCUGUAAACAUUCUGGACAUCAAAGGCUCAAGCCCCCUGGCUGGUGGUGCUCUGAGAGUAUUGUCACACACUGUGGCCAGGAGGAGGUAAUUCUGUUUGUGACUCCAUGGAGAGGGGACAGUUGAAAAUUCCAUUUAGCCCCUCCCAGACUCUGCCCUGUGGUCUCUUUCUUUGGCUGGUUUCAAUUUGUAUCCUUUCACUAUAAAAAAAACAAAAACAAAAACAAAAA